AUGUCUGAAGCAUCACAAAUUCCAUACGGAAUAAUCGUGAAAGACGCCGAAUUAUCCAAACUUUUUCACGGCGAGAAAAUGCUAGAGGGAAAUUUCUUUUCGAAAAUAACCUCAAAGAAUAAAGAAGCUCAUAAAGAAGUAGUAAACGGGUAUCUGAAUUUUUGGCAGAAAAAAGACCCGAUGUCGGAUACUGAGCAAGAGAAAAAUGAACGUACGGAAAACUGUAUGACUUUGACAAAUUCUUAUUAUAAUAUCGCGACUGACUUUUAUGAGUACGGAUGGUGUGAUUCUUUUCAUUUUUGUCGUUUUUAUCGCGGCGAGAAUUUCUCACAUGGUAUAUCACGUCAUGAACAUUAUUUGGCUAUGCAAUUAAACCCAAAACCAGGCAUGAAAAUAUUAGAUAUAGGAUGUGGUGUUGGCGGUCCAGCUCGAGAAAUUUGCCGCUUCACCGAUGCACAUAUUACUGGGUUAAAUAACAAUGACUAUCAAGUUCAACGUGCUCUCCAAUACGCAAAGAAAGCUGGUCUCGAAUCAAAAACAGAUUUUAUCAAGGGUAACUUUAUGGAAAUGACCUUUGAUGACAAUAGUUUCGAUGCAGUGUAUGCAAUUGAAGCCACAUGUCAUGCACCACAACUGGAAAGAGUAUAUUCGGAAGCUUUUCGCGUUUUGAAACCCGGUGGAAAGUUUGCAAUCUAUGAAUGGUCUUUGACUAAUAAUUAUGAUCCUGAAAAUGAUGAACACAGAAAAGCUGUCCGUGGAAUUGAGGCGACAGAACAAGCAUUCAAAAAUGUUGGCUUUGAAAUUGAAACUGCUGUUGACCUGGCACAAAAUGACGACAAGGCUAAGUGGUAUGGUCCUUUAGAGGGAGAUUUUCGUAAGGUGCAAACAGUAUGGGAUUGCUUCACGGUAUUUAGAAUGAGUAUAUUAGGAAAGAUUUUUACCAGAGCUAUGGUUGGUUUUCUUGAGAAAAUUGGUGUUGCGCCUGUUGGCUCUCUUCAAACCCAAAUGGUAUUAGAAACAGCUCAAAAUAGUCUUAUCGCUGGAGGUCAAAUGGGAAUCUUUACUCCGAUGUUCAUGUUGGUUGGCAGGAAACCUGUUUCUAUUUAG